AUGGCAGACAACGGAAGCAGUGCGAGCACGGGGGAUGCGAACGUCGACGCCCCAUCGCCACCACCAUCACCAGGAGCGACCGCGACAAAGGUCUUCCUUAUCUCCGAGCUCAUGGAGCACAUCCUCACCAACCUCUCCGCCCGCCAACUAUUCGGUGUUCGUCGCGUCAACCGCAUCUUCAACGCCACCAUCAACGAUUUCCCGAGCCUCCAACACGCCAUGUUCCUCCAGACCCCAACCCCUAUCGUCGGCGACUUCAUCCACGACGCGAACCCACGCCUGCGCCCCCUCCUCGAAGACCUAGUCCUCUUCGGCGAGCAAGACUCCGGUUUCUCCUACAAAGCCCACUCGUCGGGAUACGGUCGCUCGCACCGGGGAGGUGACGGUCUCUCGCUCAUUCGCACACUAGAGAUCUGGUACGACCUUUGCUAUGCAGACGAUCUCGACCUCACGACGCGUCGACUGGUGGGAGGGAACGAGGGAGCGGUGGAGGAGUCCUGGCGUCGUACACUCGUCACGCAGGCGGAUCCGGCGGUUUUGGAGGCUUGGACGGGCUUUCCGCUGAGCCCGAGAAGUUGGCGGAGACAGGGAACGUUUGACGCGGGAGUCACGUUGGGAGAUCUUGUUGAUCGACUUCUGGCUGCCACGCCUGUGGAGGAGCGGGCAGCGAGCAUGUCUGAGGACGAUGGCACGGACGGGCUAGGGCGUUGGGGUAGGCUUGUCUGGCGGUUGAGAGGAUGGUUCUGCUUCAGAAGAUGA